UAGCCACUAGUAUUUAUGACUAAAUGUAAAUGCUCGUCCGUACGUACUACGUCCGGUGGCGUAAGUGUCCCGCUGGUGCUUGCCGGAGAGCCAACUUACAGCUGCAGUGUGCCGGGUAGGCUGACCUUCUGCAUAACCUCUGCUUGCAUCCUUGUAUUGCUUGAUUCCGGCUUUGUAAUGGCUGGUGCACACGAGUCGCAGUUUCAAGGUUUCUCUAAAUACUUCAACACUGUUACCAAAACGGGCCGCGCCAACAUUGCCAAGAGCACGUACUUGGUACUGGGAACCGUAGGUUUUCUUUUUUGGGCGAAGAAAAAGGCCAGUGGUGGAUCUGCGAAGUAGAUGCCUUAGGACAAGCCACAAGGAAGGGUGCGGGACGUCGGGCCCCCCUCGCUGCCAUUGUUCACGCGAGCAUGCGUGUUCAACCAUAUGUGCAUCAGAGGCUGCCGUAUGUUUAUUGACUUAGUGUCAACCAGAAAGUGAAAAAAAAAUUACAUAAGCAAUGGCAGCUGGUAAACAACAUGCAUUGCUGUACUGAAUAAAAUUGAGUAUCAUGAUGUUGCUGGCUCUGUA